CCUCAGUCCAUGCCCACCCCGGCUCCCCCCAUGCAAGCUCCGGCCCCGGUAGGCGUCCCGCCUCGCCCAAUGGGCCACCUUCCACCCAUUAAGACCGAGCCUGGGGUCAACAAUCAGCCGGGGAUGAUGCCCGUGAACAACAACGGCAACAUGAUGAUGCCACCCAGUGGCUCAGCCCCCCAGUCUGCUCAACAACGGGCCGCCGACAUGCUCCGUCAGCGCUAUGGCGAUGCAGCUGCCACUUCGGUCAGUCAGCUGCAAGCUCAGUCGCAGGCAGCGAUGGGCAUGCCAGGCCAGCCACGCCCACCAAACAUGCAGCAUUUGCCGAAUGGCCAGGCGCCCCAGAUCAAACAAGAGCCUGGCUACCCACCUGCCCCCCGUCCUUCCUUGGGGAACGCUCAAACUGAUGGUGCUGGAGAUGCACUCUCUGAGUGGAAGGCAGAGGUCGCGCGACGGCGUGAAGCCGCGCAACGUCAGAACGGAGAGGGCGACCGUCUCUUGCGAGAGCACCUGAAACAGCGCAUGCUCCAGUUUGAGGGUGGAGGCCUUAUGCUACCUUUGGAAGAGCGACAAACCCCUUCAGCACGUGGCCUUUCGCUUAAUGCAAAAGAUGGAACUGGAGCACAACCCUCGGUUGUUCCUAAAGCCCAAUUCGAUGGUCCAGGUGGUGAUGAUGAAAGAGACGAAGAUGACGAAGAUGCCAUUAAUUCUGAUCUCGAUGACCCGGAUGAUCUCGUUGCAGACGAGCACGACGGCGACGAAUCCAUGGGUCAAGUCAUGCUUUGCACCUACGACAAGGUACAAAGGGUGAAGAACAAGUGGAAGUGUACGCUGAAGGACGGGAUCCUGACCACUGGAGGCAAAGAAUAUGUCUUCCACAAAGGCCAAGGCGAAUUCGAAUGGUAGGCCCAAGUUACGAAUAAGAUCGUCGAGCUCAAGAAUAUGUCCUGCUCAUGCGUCUCCUGUUUCUUUUUCUUAAUUCCCCGGUGCUUCGCCUAUGUCUCCUGCCAUCUUUGAUGUAGAAAACCAGUUAUGACACCAAUUUAUGAUGAAGAAUCAGCCCAUUCCACACGUUCGGGGAGUUGGUCAGUGCAAAGUGACCUUUCCCAUGACGAUGACGUACGUAACCACCUUGCUACAUACUACCCUACUGCUGAAAGGGAUGGAUGGAUUGCCUCGAUCUCAGGUGUCGAUUUUUCUGAGUUUCUUUCUUUCCUUCGUUCCACUUUGGAUGUAUCGUGGCGCUUGUUCAGGUGGACGGCAGUCUUUUCUGCUCUUUUCGUUUCACUUCGUCCCCCUUGCUUGCUUCCAUGCUUGUUUCUCAUCGGGAUCAUGUACUAGAUUACCUCAAGUCGAAUGAAUUUGACGUUCCU